AUGUUCUGCAAUACCACCAGCACAGCUGAAGCAGAGGUUGGCCAGACCAAUGACAUCCCUCAUGUCACCCCGUGGUAUGACAGAGCAUUGGAUACUUUGCACAAUAACAUGCUUAUAGUCAGACUUGAUGUGCAGCAACUCCAUCUGGACAACACACAAGUGAAACUUGUGGGUGACUUUAUUGUGGCUUUAGGACAGCACAAGAAACACCCAGUAGGCAAUGGGUGUAUUUCCAGGCAGUUCACUCAGAGUUAUAAACUUCUUACUGAUGUUGAACCAGCUGUGAAUGCAUCAAGAUUGUCAGCUGAAAGGUUUCUUACCAUCCCAACUCCUAGGUUACAAUAA